GCCACAACGACUCGAUGUGGCUCACGAAGGAUCCGACGACGAGAAGGUGCCAAAUGCUGCUGGCAGGCGGUGUGGAAUGAUCGACUCUUUCUAGGGCAGUGUGGUCGAGUAGGACUGUAAAAGGACACUUUUUCUCUCUAUUGAUCUGGAUGUACCAUUCGGGGCGAUACAAAGGACGAGAGGGAGAGGCGGAUGGCCGCGAUGCUGAGGGUUGUGAGGAUGUUGAGGUUGAGGAUGUGAGGGGAAGAAAGAAAGAAAAUGGGGUUGGGCUGUGUUGCCGUCGGUUCGGGUUAAGGUGUUUUGCAAGAAUUAGUGGUUGGACAGUGCAGUGCAAGGGUUCCUGCGAAUAAAAUAAUAAAGUAGGUAAGGUAGGUUAUGAUAACCGGU